AUGUCCAAGGAAGCAACAGAAGGGGCCAACGAUGACCAGGAGCUCGAAAGACUGGGCUAUGUCCCGUCUUUCAAGCGGGAGUUCUCCAACUUAGCCACGAUCAGUUUUGCGUUCUCUAUCAUGGGUCUCUGUUCUAGUGUUGCAGUCACUUUUAACACCCCUUUGACGCUCGGAGGUCCAUCAUCCGUCACAUGGUGCUGGAUCUUGGGUGCCGUAAUGUGCUUUACGCUCGGCUCGAGUAUUGCGGAGAUUGUCAGCGCAUUUCCCACAUGCGGCGGACUUUAUACUGCGUCAGCGCAACUCGUGCCUGUGAGGCAUCGAGCCAGAGUAGGCUGGGUGGUUGGCUGGCUGAACAUCCUCGGGCAAACUGCCGGAGUGUCCUCAACCGAAUUUGGACUUUCGGGUAUGAUAUGGGCAGCUGUAGUGGUAUCAAAGCCUUUCGUGCAGGGCAUGCAAGUUGGGCUCUUCGUCGGCUUGUUGGCAAUACAUGGUCUGCUUAACUGCUUGCCCACACGUUACCUCGCCCGUUUCACGAAGGGUUUCGUGUUUUGCAACUUAGGCGCUACAAUCGUGAUCAUCAUCGUUCUUCUUGCAACAACACCUCGAUCUGAGAUGCAUUCCGCAUCGUACGUCUUUGGAUCUGAGGGUAUCGUAAACCAAACGGGAGGUUGGAAUAAUGGACUCGCUUUCUUGUUUGGUUUAUUGAGCGUGCAGUGGACGAUGACCGACUAUGAUGCUACUGCUCAUAUUUCAGAGGAAGUCCAACGUGCAGCUUACGCCGCCCCAGCAGCCAUUUUCAUUGCCGUCAUUGGCACAGGACUUCUUGGAUGGAUCUUCAAUAUCGUUCUUGUGCUAUGCUCUGGUCCCUUGGAGAACCUGCCCGGGCCAAGUGGGAGUGCAGUUCUGCAGAUCAUGGCAGAUAGAAUGGGAAAGCCAGCAGCGAUCUUCCUCUGGGCCUUCGUCUGCCUGACCGCCUUCUUCGUCGUGCAAACUGCUCUCCAGGCCAAUUCCCGCACCGUCUACGCUUUCAGCCGAGAUGAUGGGCUGCCGGAUCGCCAGUACUUUGCGCACAACAGCAUUCGCACGUCUACUCCUAUUCGUGCGAUCUGGUUGUCCACGUUCAUCGCCGUCCUUCCUGGUCUGCUGGACUUCGCAAGCCCCAUCGCCGCGAACGCCGUUUUCUCGUUGACGGCCAUGGCCCUCGACCUGUCCUAUAUCAUACCCAUCUUUUUGCGGAGGGUAUAUGAGAAGCACCCUGAAGUCCACUUCAAGCCCGGCCCAUUCUAUAUGGGAGACGGAUUACUUGGCUGGGCGUGCAAUAUAGCGUGCAUUUCCUGGACAUUGUUCGUAUGCGUCGUGUUUUCUUUACCAACAAUCCGUCCCGUGACAGCGCAGAACAUGAACUACGCUUCCGUCAUCACCGUCGGCGUGGUUGCCUUGUCCUUGGUUUGGUACAUCCUUGGGGGCCAUGUCCAUUAUAAAGGCCCGAUCUCCAACAUAGACCAUGACCUGGAUGAUGACGGGGUUGAACAGGUUAUUGAAAAUAUAGGCCGGAAGCAAAGCAUGGAGAGUAAGGCGUAGGAUCCACCCGUAUCCGCUGUGCUCGUGCCUUUACUCCCUCUCAUUGGUUUCUGUACUUCAUGUUUUCUCUCUGUACUCUUUAGCCCUGUAUAUAUAUGUUGUCUAGAACUUACCUAUCGAUCC